AUGAGAACUCAGAAGAACAGCAGCAGCAACAACAAGAGAUCAUCGAUAAUCCAUCUGGUUUGCGUUGCUGCGUUUUUCUCUCUUGCUGUUUUCAUCAUUCAAUCCUCUUUCUUCACAAGUAAUAAUGGAAGUCCAGAUCUCAAUAAUAACUUCAAAAAAGAAAUACGGAUUUUGUCUGAUUUCCAAUCCUCUGUUAAGCAAUGCGUGGCAAACAGAGGGUUUGGUCUGACAGCGAGUAUCAUCGACCAUUGCAAAUUGACUCUCAAGUUUCCACAAAGCACUAACAGCACCUGGUAUCAUCCACAAUUUAAAAAAUUUGAACCAUUGGAGUAUAAUUACGAUGUUUGUGAAGCAAUUCUAUUGUGGGAACAGUAUCGUAACAUGACUACAGUGCUCACUAGGGAGUAUCUAGAUGCUCGCCCUGAUGGUUGGUUGAAACAUGCUGCUUUACGGAUUGCUCAGUUGGGAGAAAAAGACUGCAGCAAUCGAAGUCUUUGUGAGGAACAUCUUAAUUUGAUUCUUCCUGCUAAACCUCCCUUCCAUCCUCGGCAGUUUUGCACUUGUGCGGUUGUUGGAAACUCUGGAGAUCUCUUGAAGACAGAGUUUGGAGCAGAGAUUGAUAGUCAUGAUGCUGUUAUAAGGGACAACGAGGCUCCAGUUAAUGAGAAAUAUGCCAAGCAUGUUGGGCUAAAGAGGGAUUUUCGCCUUGUAGUUCGGGGUGCUGCUGCUAACAUGGUGAAGAUCCUGAAUGGAUCGACUGAUGAGGUACUUAUAAUCAAAAGUCAAACACACAGAGACUUCAAUGCAAUGAUAAAGCGUAUUCCGAAUCCUGUUUAUCUCUUCCAAGGAAUUGUGCUACGCAGAGGUGCCAAAGGAACCGGAAUGAAAACUGUCGAACUAGCACUUUCAAUGUGCGACAUUGUGGAUAUAUAUGGUUUCACUGUUGAUCCUGGCUAUACUGAAUGGACAAGAUACUUCUCUACACCAAGGAAAGGGCAUAAUCCACUUCAGGGACGAGCGUAUUACCAGCUCCUAGAGUGCCUUGGUAUCAUUAGGAUCCACUCUCCCAUGAGAGCCCAGAGAAUACAAGACUGGUCAGAUGUGCCAAGUCGAGAAAUGAUAAGCAGAGCUCAUGCUGCUGCGUUGCGCUUGAAGAGGGGUCAUGCUGGUGGGUUGGGACAGUUCGGAAGUUGCAAGGUGUGGGCCAAUGUGGACCCUGACAAAAGUGGGCCCAUCUCAGGAUCUUCAGACAUGAGUGUUGUGAGGAAAAACUCGAAUUACAGUAAAUGGGAAGUUAUGCCUUUUGCAAGUCUAAGAAAGGAAGCACAGGAUCACUAUGCCCAGAUGGAAGGUGCCUCUCUGUACAAAAUGGAUGGCAAUAAAUUGGACGAUUUAGUAUGUGUCAGGCAUUCCUUGAAAUCCGAGGCAUGA